GUUGCUUGGAUCAGUCUAGGUAUAGCUGCCCGAUCCUUCAGCGUCCGCAUCUCGGCGUCGCCCCGCGUACCGUCGCCCGGCUCUCCGCUGCUCUCCCGGGGGUUCGGGGGCACUUGGGUCCCACAGUCUGGUCCUGCUGCACCUUCCCCUGACCUGAGUAGUCGCCAUGGCACAGGUUCUCAGAGGCACUGUGACUGACUUCCCUGGAUUUGAUGAGCGGGCUGAUGCAGAAACUCUUCGGAAGGCCAUGAAAGGCUUGGGCACAGAUGAGGAGAGCAUCCUGACUCUGUUGACAUCCCGAAGUAAUGCUCAGCGCCAGGAAAUCUCUGCAGCUUUUAAGACUCUGUUUGGCAGGGAUCUUCUGGAUGACCUGAAAUCAGAACUAACUGGAAAAUUUGAAAAAUUAAUUGUGGCUCUGAUGAAACCCUCUCGGCUUUAUGAUGCUUAUGAACUGAAACAUGCCUUGAAGGGAGCUGGAACAAAUGAAAAAGUACUGACAGAAAUUAUUGCUUCAAGGACACCUGAAGAACUGAGAGCCAUCAAACAAGUUUAUGAAGAAGAAUAUGGCUCAAGCCUGGAAGAUGACGUGGUGGGGGACACUUCAGGGUACUACCAGCGGAUGUUGGUGGUUCUCCUUCAGGCUAACAGAGACCCUGAUGCUGGAAUUGAUGAAGCUCAAGUUGAACAAGAUGCUCAGGCUUUAUUUCAGGCUGGAGAACUUAAAUGGGGGACAGAUGAAGAAAAGUUUAUCACCAUCUUUGGAACACGAAGUGUAUCUCAUUUGAGAAAGGUGUUUGACAAGUACAUGACUAUAUCAGGAUUUCAAAUUGAGGAAACCAUUGACCGCGAGACUUCUGGCAAUUUAGAGCAACUACUCCUUGCUGUUGUGAAAUCUAUUCGAAGUAUACCUGCCUACCUUGCAGAGACCCUCUAUUAUGCUAUGAAGGGAGCUGGGACAGAUGAUCAUACCCUCAUCAGAGUCAUGGUUUCCAGGAGUGAGAUUGAUCUGUUUAACAUCAGGAAGGAGUUUAGGAAGAAUUUUGCCACCUCUCUUUAUUCCAUGAUUAAGGGAGAUACAUCUGGGGACUAUAAGAAAGCUCUUCUGCUGCUCUGUGGAGAAGAUGACUAACGUGUCACGGGGAAGAGCUCCCUGCUGUGUGCCUGCACUGCCCCACUGCCUUCCUUCAGCACCUUUAGCUGCAUUUGUAUGCCAGUGCUUAACACAUUGCCUUAUUCAUACUAGCAUGCUCACGACCAACACAUACACGUCAUAGAAGAAAAUAGUGGUGCUUCUUUCUGAUCUCUAGUGGAGAUCUCUUUGACUGCUGUAGUACUAAAGUGUACUUAAUGUUACUAAGUUUAAUGCCUGGCCAUUUUCCAUUUAUAUAUAUAUUUUAAGAGGCUAGAGUGCUUUUAGCCUUUUUUUAAAAACUCCAUUUAUAUUACAUUUGUAACCAUGAUACUUUAAUCAGAAGCUUAGCCUUGAAAUUGUGAACUCUUGGAAAUGUUAUUAGUCAAGUUCGCAACUAAACUAAACCUGUAAAAUUAUGAUGAUUGUAUUCAAAAGAUUAAUGAAAAAUAAACAUUUCUGUCCCCCUGAA